ACCAAACAGAACCGUGCCAUCACCACUUGUAGCAGUGUGUGUAGUGUGACGAGGAUCAGAUACGUCCUCCAGCGUUCUAAGUUUAAGACGUGGCGAUUACAUCACCCUUUUAGUGUUUACGUAAGGCAUUUAAAUAAUAAUUUAACAAUAUUUUGAUACAUUUGGACUGGUUACGGGUUAACAGAAGACAAAUGUAGUGCGUGAAUAUAAUGAUAUUUGCAAAUAUACACUGAUCGUCAGCCAGCCUACGAGAUGUGGGAUUGUGUGAGGGUGAACUUAUCUGCGGCCACUGACACGGUCUGGGCGGCACUGCGAUGGUUAACAUUAGCCCUGGUGGAGUGGACGCUGGCGGUGGUGUACGGGGUGUUGAUGUUGGGUAAGCUUGUGUGGGCGUGGUCCAGGGGCGCCCUCCACCCCCCGUUUGUGCGUGUCGUGCCUCCCCAGUGCCUCCAUGACCCCCUCCUCGGCAGACACAAGUUCAUCAAGCUGCAGAACAUGAAGCUUCACUACGUGGAGGCAGGAAGCCCCUUCAACCCGCUGCUGGUGAUGAUCCACGGGGCUCCUGACUUCUGGUUCACCUGGAGGAGACAGAUUCCCGCCCUCAGCCACGACUACUGGGUGGUGGCGGUGGACAUGAGGGGUUGUGGUGACUCGGACACGCCGCGCCUCAGGACUCAGUACACCACCGCCCUCCUGGCUGACGACGUUGCCCAUCUUAUCAGGCUCCUGGGUCAGACGAGCGCUCACCUGAUGUGUGCAGGUGUAGGAGGACAGGUGGGGUGGCACAUGUGUUACCACUACCCUCAGCUGGUGUCUAAGAUGGUGCUCAUCCACUGUCCUCAUCCAUACGUCAUCCGCCAUAUGGUUAACACCCUCUGGAUGAACUAUUACAAAUCCUGGUACUUGUGGUUCGUGCGGCUGCCCUUCUUACCUGAGAUGGCGGCGCAGGUGAACGACGUGGGCUUGGUGGACCGACUGUUCAGCUCCCUAGUGAAGAACAAGACCAUCACGGAGGAGGAACUUGAGGCCUACAAGUUCACCUUUUCUAGGAGAGAGGACUGGACGGGCCCCCUACACCACCUCCGUCAGUUGGACCUGAGGAGGCCAAGAGAGGAUGAACCCUCUCCUGACGUCAUCACCAAGCCCAUCCUCCUCAUCAUGGGCGACAGUGACCACCUACUUCCCAUAGACACUGCCUACCGCUCUGCAGAGUACGUCGAGAGGAUCACCAUCAAGCCAAUACCUGGAGGAGUUUAUCUGUCUCACCUGAGCCACGCUUCACAGGUGAACCAGAUGGUGGGGGAGUUCCUGAGGGAGAUGCCCUGGAGGCCCCUGUCCCCACUGGAGACCCCACAAAGCUCCUCUCUCGUGGGGCGUGUGAUGGGGGCGAGUCUGGCUGCCGUCACCUCUACUGUCAGUAAGACCUCGGGGGCGCUGGAUAUGACCAAAUCACUACCGGGCGGCUUCAUGAACAUGGCACAAGCGUCCUUCAAGGUGGCAGAGUCUAAGUUAGGGCUGGAGAACCUCUACUAACCUCGACCCGACGUAUAUGUAUGUAUGUGUGCGUGUGUGUAUAUAUAUGUACAUGUACAUGUAUAUGUGUAAUAUAUAUGUAU